GUACAAACAUCUAAAGUACUGAAAGCCACUUCUGUUAUCCUCCGUCAGCUGAGGGGUGGAGAGGGUUCCCAGAGACACCGGCUUCUCCAAGAAGGAUUAGAUUGCAUACAAAAAAGCCCUGGCUAAGAACUUGCUUCCUUGUCCUACAGCUGGUACCAGAAUUCUCUCUAGUCUUCACUGGAAGAAAAUGUCUAUCCAAAUUGAACACCCUGCUGGUGGCUACAAGAAACUAUUUGAAACUGUGGAGGAACUGUCCACACCACUAACAGCUCAUGUCACAGGCAGGAUUCCCCUCUGGCUCACUGGCAGUCUCCUUCGAUGUGGGCCAGGGCUCUUUGAAGUUGGAUCUGAGCCUUUUUAUCACCUGUUUGAUGGACAAGCCCUUUUGCACAAGUUUGACUUUAAGGAGGGCCAUGUCACAUACUACAGGAGAUUCAUCCGCACUGAUGCUUAUGUUCGAGCAAUGACCGAGAAGAGGAUUGUCAUAACAGAAUUUGGCACCUGUGCUUUUCCAGACCCCUGCAAGAAUAUAUUUUCCAGGUUUUUUUCUUACUUUCGAGGAGUAGAGAUUACUGACAAUGCCCUUGUAAAUAUUUACCCAGUGGGAGAAGAUUACUAUGCAUGCACAGAGACCAACUUUAUCACAAAGAUUAACCCAGAGACCUUGGAGACUAUUAAGCAGGUUGAUCUUUGCAACUAUGUUUCCGUCAAUGGUGCCACUGCUCAUCCACAUAUUGAAAGUGAUGGAACAGUUUAUAACAUUGGCAAUUGCUUUGGGAAAAAUUUUACAGUUGCCUACAACAUUAUUAAGAUCCCUCCACUGAAAGCAGACAAGGAAGACCCAAUAAACAAGUCAGAAGUUGUUGUGCAGUUCCCAUGCAGUGAUCGGUUCAAGCCAUCUUAUGUACACAGUUUUGGUCUGACUCCCAACUAUAUCGUUUUUGUGGAGACUCCAGUCAAAAUUAACCUUUUCAAGUUUCUUUCUUCGUGGAGUCUUUGGGGAGCCAACUACAUGGACUGUUUCGAGUCCAAUGAAAGCAUGGGGGUUUGGCUUCAUGUUGCUGACAAAAAAAGAAGAAAAUAUUUCAAUAACAAAUACAGGACCUCCCCUUUCAAUCUCUUCCAUCAUAUCAAUACUUAUGAAGAUAAUGGGUUUCUGAUUGUGGAUCUCUGUUGCUGGAAAGGGUUUGAAUUUGUUUAUAAUUACUUAUAUUUAGCUAAUUUACGUGAGAAUUGGGAAGAAGUAAAACGAAAUGCUAUGAAAGCUCCUCAGCCUGAAGUCAGGAGAUACGUUCUUCCUUUGACAAUUGACAAGGCUGACACAGGCAGAAAUUUAGUCACACUUCCCCAUACAACUGCCACAGCCAUUCUGUGCAGUGAUGAGACCAUAUGGCUGGAACCUGAAGUCCUCUUUUCAGGGCCCCGUCAAGGUAAGAUAUCUAGAGAAAAGCUGAGAAGGGAAUCAAUGAUCUACUUAAAGAUAUUGAAUUUUCCUGUGCCUGUGUUCUGUCUUAAAGCCUUUGAAUUUCCUCAAAUCAAUUACCAGAAAUGUGGGGGGAAACCUUACACUUAUGCAUACGGACUUGGAUUGAAUCACUUUGUUCCAGACAAGUUGUGUAAGCUGAAUGUCAAAACUAAAGAAAUCUGGAUGUGGCAAGAACCGGAUUCUUACCCAUCUGAACCCAUCUUUGUUUCUCAACCGGAUGCUCUGGAAGAAGAUGAUGGUGUAGUUCUGAGUGUGGUGGUGAGUCCUGGGGCAGGACAAAAGCCUGCAUAUCUCCUGGUUCUGAAUGCCAAAGACUUGAGUGAAAUUGCCAGGGCUGAAGUGGAGACUAAUAUUCCUGUGACCUUCCAUGGACUGUUCAAAAAACCAUGAACAUAUUCCAGGGACUGGAGAGAAGACUCAGCAGUUAAGAGCACUGACUGCUCUUCGAGAGAUCCUGAGUUCAGUUCACAACGACCAAAUGGUGGCUCACAACCAUCUGUAAUGGGAUCCAAUGUCCUCUUCUGAUGUAUCUGAAGAUAGCUACAGUGUGUAUGUGUGUGUGUGUGUGUGUGUGUGUGUGUGUGUGUGUGUGUGUGUGUAAAAUAAAUCUUAAAAAAAACAGAAAAAAUAAAAUAAUUCUGUUUAUUUUAGCUUGCUGUCUAUCAUGGUUUUAAGUCAAAGAUGUACACAAUUUUGCACUGUUUUUCAGAAAUUUCUGAGUUGGACAAGUAGUUUCUUUAAAAAUUAAGUGAUUAUUUAUAUGAUGAUACUUUCUCUGUGAGAUAAAAAUAAACUGAAAAAUUAUUUUAAACACUUAGUAAUCAAAUAUGAAAGGAAUGUAGACUUUGAAAAGCUGCCUUUUCUAUAAUAAAAGUUGUUUUUAGAAAGCUAUCUUCUUACUUGCUUCAAAUUAUUAAAAAUAAUUUAAACAUCUAAAAAAA